AUGCAGCGCGUCCUUGGCGAGACGUCGCCGUACUGCCAAAUCGAUGGCAACGUGCUCACGGAGCACUUCAAGAAAGUAUAUGCUAAAUCUGACUUUUCUGUUUCAGAUGCACCAGCUGCUGUCCCGGACUUUGCCGCCACCACGCCUCCUGAUGUCAGCGAGGAGGUCCUGCCGCCGAUCACCCCCUCAGAGGUGCAACAGCGGCUCCAGAAGGCGAGCAAUACUGCUCCUGGGUCAGACGGAGUCACCUACUCGGACUUGCGACGUGAGGAUCCUGGCUGCCACGUGCUAGCUAAGAUCUUCUCGCGCUGCUGGAAUGAGCGGAAGACUCAGGUGCAGUGGAAAAUAUCCACUACCGUCCUCAUCCACAAGAAACGGGACGUCUCGGACGUGACAAACUGGCGGCCUUUAGCAUUGAGCUCUACCAUCUCUAAUCUCUUUGCUGCAAUCGUUGCGGACCGCACUUCUCUCUGGGCAGAGCGUUUGAACCUGCUCUCCCCAGAACAGAAGGGCUUCCGCACGUUUGAAGGCUGCUACGAGCACAACUUCAUUGUGCAGACGGCAAUUGAUGAUGCAAGGCGCAGGGGAGGCCAAGCAUGCUUUGCUUGGCUUGAUCUGGCGAAUGCCUUCGGUUCAGUGCCUCACGCUCACCUCCUUGGAGUACUGAGCAGGAUGGGACUGCCAGAGCAAUUGCAUCAGCUAAUUGCCGAUAUGUACAAUGGUUGCUCCACCCGCGUCCGUACAUCUGACGGACUAACGGAGGAGAUAGAGAUCCAGGCGAGGGUCAAGCAGGGCUGUCCACUGUCGCCCAUCGUCUUUAACCUCGCGCUCGAGCCGGUACUUCGCGCCGCAACCUCGCUCAGAAAUGAGUGUGGUAUUCCGCUUAGCGGCGUCAGUGUGAGUGCACUGGCGUAUGCGGACGAUAUCGUGCUUCUGGCGCGGGAUUCAGAGGCGAUGCAGACGCUCCUCAAUGUUGUGGGUGAGGCGGCGACGUGGGCCGGGCUUACCUUCAAGCCGUCGAAGUGUGCCACGCUUCACAUCCGCCGUCGGCAGACACUAGGCUCGGUAUUCGCCCUGCAAGGGGGAGAACCAGCCGUGCUCGGUGCGGGUGACGCCUACCUCCAUCUUGGCGUUCCCACCGGGUACAAAGUCUCGCAGACGCCAACGGAUGCGAUCGCGGCAAUUCGACGUGACUUGCAGCACCUGGACGCUUCCCUGCUGGCUCCCUGGCAGAAGACUGACGCUGUGCGUGUCUUCCUCCUCCCUAGGCUUGACUUUGUCAUGCGGGGCGGAGCGGUACGCAAGGGGCCGCUAUAUGCACUCGACAAGGCAGUGAAAGCGGCUGUCAAAUCAUGGCUCUUCCUUCCACAGCGUGCGUCCACUGAACAGCUGUACCUCGCGCUGGGAGAGGGAGGAUGCGGCCUGACGCCGCUCGCGGACGCUGCGGUCAUCUCGACGAUCGUCCACGGCUUCCGCAUGCUGCACUGCGACGACGCCACCGUCCGCGACAUCGCCUGGGCCACUCUAUCUACGGCCGCGCGCCGCCGACUGGGGAGGGAGCCGAGUCGACCCGACUUGGCCACCUACCUGAGCGGCAGCACUGAGGGUCACCUCGUGGAGGUCAACGGCCGACCCGCCAUCGCUGACGACGCGGAACACGGCGGCAUCGGAGGGGUGACGCAGCCGGCCACGGAGGGGGCGGCGCCUGGGACUACACGACACCUCGAAGAUGGCGGCGAUGGACCGCAGCACGAUGAUGGCAGCGUGGGACGCACCGCCAACACUGGCGUCGAACAUGUCCGGAUGGGAGGGGGCGCCAAACGUCUUCUCUCGCGGACGCUCCGCGAGUGUCUGAGGCAGCGCCUGCCCAACCUCCUACUCAGAAAACCUGACCAGGGGAAGGUAUUCGAGUGCACCAGGGAGUCCACAGCGUCCAACCACUUCAUGGCGGGAGGCAAAUACACUCGCUUCGCAGACUGGCGCUUCAUUCACCGCGCCAGGCUCGGAGGCGUGCCUCUGAACGGUUGUCGCCGCUUCGAUGGGCGGGCAAACAACAACAAAGCCUGCCGACGCUGUGGCCACAACAAUGAGACGCUCCCACACGUGAUCAACGCGUCUAUGGUGCACUCAGCAGCCCUGCAGUAUCGCCACAACGCGGUCCUCAACCGCCUCGCGGCAGCAGUCGCUGGACGGCCAAGAAGAGGAAACACUGCUGUUCCUGACAUCAGGAUCAACCAAGCUGUCAUAGGGGACAGCAGUGGGCUGCGUCCGGACCUCGUAAUAACUGACGAGGCCGCGAAGACUGUGACCAUCGUCGAUGUGACAAUCCCCUUCGAGAAUAGGCGGAUUGCACUCGACAACGCUCGGCAACUGAAGAGGAUUAAGUACGCCGACGUUGCGCGAGGAUUAGCCGCUCGCGGCUUUUCCGUCACUGUCGACGCCCUGGUUGUCGGCAGUCUGGGGGCGUGGGACCGCCAGAACGAUGCAGUGCUCCGGCACCUAGGCAUCGCUAGCCGCUACUGCCAACUGAUGCGGCGGCUGAUGGUUUCUGACACCAUCAAGUGGUCCCGCGACAUUUAUAUGGAACACAUUACUGGCUACCGCCAGUAUGUGUCCCCCUAG